AUGGUGUACAUCAAAGACUGGCCCGAGUUCCAGCAACGCAGCAUCAAGCUGUACCAGCAAAACCCGCACAAGACCCGCUACCUCAUCAAAUCCAGACCCUCGACACACAGCCUUACGCUCAAAGUGACGGAUGACACCACCACCAUCAAAUACCGAACGCGGUCUUCGGCGAUCCUGGGUCGACUGGAGGUGUUCAACAAGGCAAUGACGUUUGCCAUGGCGGGAUCCAAGCAGCCUUUGCAAGAUGCGAAUCCAGAACCUGCACCCGCAGCAGCAGCAGCGGCGGAAGGUGCAACACCAGCAACAACAGCAACGGAAACGACAGGUGCGCCGGCUGCAUCAGCAUCAGCAUCAGCCUCGAAUGGGGGAGCGGCAGCAGGCGCAGCAUCAGAUAAGAAGAAGAAAAAGAAGAAGGGUAAAAAGUAG